AUGACCAUCCCACGAGUUCUCGUCAUCGCCGGCUCGGACAGCUCCGGUGGGGCUGGUCUCGAAGCCGAUCAAAAGGUCCUUGCGGCUCAUGGCUGCUACGCCAUGACCGCCACAACAGCCUUGACGGCCCAGAACACCUUGGGCGUGGACGACAUCCACAUCACGCCGCCCGCAUUUGUCGGCAAGCAGGUCGAUGCGUGUUUGACCGACGUUGGUUGUGAUGCCGUCAAGAUUGGCAUGCUCGCCUCGGCCGAGACAAUCAAAGUGGUCGCCGAGGCCUUGCAAAGGCACAAGGUCUCCAACAUCAUCACGGACCCAGUCAUGGUCUCGACCAGCGGCGCGCAGUUGCUGCCCGGCGACGCGGUACGGAAUCUACGGGAGAAACUGCUGCCGAUCUCGACGCUCCUGACGCCCAACAUCCCCGAAGCGACGCUCCUCCUCCGCGACGCGGACAUGCAAUAUAAAUCGCCUGCCAACCUCGAGGAUCUCAAGACCCUCGCCAAGAUGGUCCAGCAGCUCGGUCCGCACGCGGUCCUCCUCAAGGGCGGCCACAUGCCGCUGACAAAAAGCUACACCAAGGCCACGACCGACGCCGAGAGGGCCCUGACAGUGGACAUUCUGUACGACGGCGUGGCCUUCACGACCAUCGAAUCGCCCUACCUGACGGCCAAGAACACGCACGGCACGGGCUGCAGCCUUGCGAGUGCGAUCGCAUCGAACCUCGCGCGCCAGGCGUCAUCCGAGGCAUCCGAGGCAUCCAACAAGGGAUCCCCCUCCCUUCCGCUCGCCACCCGCAAAGCAGUCCACUACGUCUCCGCAGGGAUCAGACUCUCGGACCCGACGCUGGGCCGCGGCGCCGGCCCCAUCAACCACUUCCACAGCCUGCACAUCCUGCCCUUCUCGGCGGGCCACUUCAUCGACACGUACCUCCUGGAGCACCCCGCCGUGAGGGACCCCUGGCAACGGUACACGCACCACGCCUUCCCGGCCGCCAUGGCGCAAGGCACACUCCCCGAGCGGCUGUUCAAGAACUAUCUGGUCCAGGAUUACUUGUACCUCACGCACUUUGCGCGCACGCACGCCCUGGCCGCGUACAAGAGCCGCUCGAUGCCCGAGAUCGCCGCCUCGGCGCACAUCAUCCUGCACAUCCAGCGCGAGAUGGCCCUGCACCUGGGCUACUGUGCCGAGUUUGGCAUCGCGCAGGCCGAGCUGGACGACCCCGCGCGCACGAAGGAGUCGCUCGCCUGCACGGCGUACAGUCGGUACGUGCUCGACGUGGGGGCCAGCCAGGACUGGUUGGCGCUGCAGAUGGCGCUGGCGCCGUGCUUGCUUGGGUAUGCGGUGACCGCGGCGCGGCUGCACGCGGACCCGGCGAGUGUACGGCAACAGGACCAGAAUCCGUACUGGCGGUGGGUGGAGAAUUACGUGGCGGAGGAUUAUUGCGAGGCCGUGCGCGUCGGGAGAGACCUCAUCGAGACGCACAUCGUCAAGCAGUCCCCCUCGCGCAUCGAGGAGCUGGUCGCCAUCUUUGUGCGGGCCACGGAGAUGGAAAUUCGGUUCUGGGACUUUGACGCGCACUCGGAGGAGCAGUCGGAGCAGUCGGAGGAAAAGGGGUGA